AAUAUUUCUGCAAUGGGAAGGUAAUCUGGUGCACUCAACGAUAAAUCUCAUUACACUCAAAGUUGGACAGUAUGAAACGAACAAGGGAGUCUUCGAAGAAAGGGCGCAAAUCGCUGGAAAGCGAUGAAAACGACUUUGGGUUGCCGGGGCGCAAAUCGUUCCCCGAGGAUCUGUUCACACUGCCCAGUGAACUGAUUGCGCUCACUGCCAAACGACGCCGAGAUACGUCCAUUGCAUCGGCUAGGCAAAGCCGAGCCUCGUCUACGAGCAAAGCCAUGAUGUACACAAAGCUAAGAAAUGAGAGAGAGGAGUUCAGAAAACGGCUGGUGAAGCUGAUAAUGAGGAAAGAUGAGGACAGUCAGACUCACGAUGGAUCGCUGCCCACCCCUGAAGAGAAGGAAAUCAUGCGCUACUACUAUUACAUUCGGCAUGGUAUUGAUACGGUGCAUGUGGCGCCCAUUGAGAAGGCAUGGUUGGACAACAUACAGAAUUUGAUUCCGGCCAAGUUGAAAGUGAAGCACUCUCAGUACACUGAGAAGCUUAUGAUGGAGGUCAAGGAAGAAUGCAUGCUGAGUGUGAAAAAGGCGAUCGUUGAUUUUGUGCUGAAAGAUCCAAGUGAUCCAAUAGCAAGAGUGACAGCUCCCGAAACCAAGGAGAGAGCCGAAGUCAAGAAACUGCCAGACUCGCUCAAGAACUCUUUCCUGUUGUCGAAAAAGUUCCUGUUGAGGAAUCUGCACGCGGUAAAUCCGUUACUGGGACAAAUACUCGAUCUUUGGCACAAGUCCUACAGUGAUCUGAGACUCAUGCCAGAUAUAAAAAGUACAGAAAGUGCUCUCGAUCUGCACAACUUCAAGAAAAAAGUGCAACUUCAUAUUUCCGGUGUCCUGAAAAAGCUCAACGGUGAAUGGUAUCCUGAGAUUCAACAUCUUUUUACUGUGGGGAGCCGAAAGAAGCAAAUACCUCCUUCCACUUUGAAAAAGAAGCUGAAAAGUUUCUACAAUUGUGUGGCGGCCAUAAUGACAUUCCAAUUGCAGUCAUUGUGCUACAACUCAAUUGUGGAUUACACCAACUUUUUAAUUGACAUAGGGAUGAGCAACCCAGGCUUUAUAAUCAUGGUAAUGCAGAGAAAUAAGGUGAUCCAAUUUGAGCCGAAUUUCAACCGAUUCAAGGAAAUUCUGCUUCUCGUGUAUGACAUGAUGAUAGAAGCUGUUCUGACGUUGCCACGGUUGGAAUCAAAGCUGACACAUUUGGAUGUUGAACAGGAUACCAAACUACAGCCUCUUAAGCCUGUCAUUCUACCAGAAAUCGUUGACGAGUGCAGGAAGCAAGUGGAGGACACUUUGAAUGAUCAAAGAAUCGGACCUGAAUUGAGAGUUCAAGACUUCGACGAGUUUAUUCAUCUUAUCAAUGGAGAGGCACAAGAAAGUCUGGACGCAUUCUUGUCGGAGGAGCAUUCGUUCGAUGAGUACAAGGAGCGGGUGGCCUGUUUUGACUCGUUGGCCAAGACCAUAGAGAUCCAGCUGGAGCAUGUGGUGACGAUGGGCAUGUUCGAGAUCCACCGCGAGGACUUCAUCGCCACCAUGGUCAACCAGGCUGUCAACCUCAGGGAGCAGCUGAUCAUGCGCCUCACCAAGGACUACCAGGCUCUCUGUAAACAACUGGGCGAAGAUUACCAGGCGAUAUCUGACCGCGCGCUGACUGUGCCCGGAAACACGUCGGAACUGAUGGUGCUGAUGGAGUUCGUGCGCAAAGUGGAGACUGUGACCGUGUUCGAAAUGGAGGAUCGACUGAGGGAAGUGAUGAACUACAUCCUGUUUCUGUCCGACUACACCAUCAUAUCCGCCAUCGAAAUGAAGCAGAACUGCCUCACCUUCCUCUGGUACAACCGGAUGAGUCAGAUCCUCGAAGAGAAUAGGCAGCUCGUCGAACAGAAAACUCUGGAUUAUCAGAACAGUCUCAAGGAAAGCAUUGAACAAUUCAAAGAAGAGUUGGUGCAGUAUAUGGCGCAGACUGAGGAGCUCUACACCUACGGCGAUAUAAACGAGCUGCCAAAGUAUCUGAAGAAAGCACAGAUGCUGGACAGCAAGCUAGAUGCGGCAGUGGCCAAAAUUGACUUGUUCAAUCAGGAGGAAAAGGCUUAUGGAUGGGAAGAGUCGUAUUUCCCAAUGAGAAAACAGAUUUCCGAUAAACUAGCUCCUUUCAAGAAGUUGUACGACAACGCAGCCGAAUUCAAAGAGAAGCAUGAUUCGUGGACAACCAGCCGGGUGGGAACACAUGACCCCGAGGAAAUUGACACUGAGACUCAGGCCUUCUACAGGAAUAUCUACAAGCUGGAGAAGCAGUUUGCUGACUAUCCCGAGCCGAGGAAUCUGGCCUCCAAUGUGCGCCAACAAGUGGAGGACUUCAAGGCGCACAUGCCGAUCAUAAUGACGCUGGGCAACCCGGGCAUGAAGGACCGCCACUGGGAGUUGAUCUCGGAGAUAGUCGGCUUCCCGGUGCGCGCCGACGCAGAGCUGACACUCGCCAAGAUCAUCGACCUCGGCCUCGAGGAGUACAUCCCCAAGUUCGAGGUGAUCAGCGACUCGGCCACCAAGGAGAACAACCUCGAGAGAGCCCUCAACAAAAUGAUGAGCGAGUGGAAAGACAUGGAGUUCACCUUUCAUCCUUAUAGAGAUAGCGGCACUUUUAUAUUGUCAGGAGUAGACGAUAUACAGCUUCUUCUUGAUGAUCAUAUUGUGAAAACACAGACCAUGAAGAAUUCACCAUACAUUAAACCAUUCGAAGCAAUUAUACUAUCUUGGGAGCAAAAGUUGAUUCUGUUGCAAGAGAUUCUGGAUGAAUGGCUGAAAGUUCAAAGCACUUGGAUGUAUUUGGAGCCAAUCUUUUCCUCUCCGGAUAUUCAGCAACAAAUGCCUGAAGAAGGUCGCAGGUUUAGUGCGGUUGACAAGGUUUGGCGCGAUAUAAUGAAAACAGCAAUCCAGGACGCCCAUGUUCUGAUUGUAAUUGAAAUUGAGAAGAUGCUCGAACGACUGAAAAAGUGCAACAAUUUACUCGAAAUGAUACAGAGAGGUCUGAACGAGUACCUGGAGAAAAAGAGACUCUAUUUUCCAAGAUUCUUCUUUCUGUCCAAUGAUGAAUUGCUUGAAAUACUUUCCGAAACCAAGGAUCCGACUCGUGUUCAGCCGCAUUUGAAGAAGUGUUUCGAGGGAAUCGCCAAGCUGAAUUUCACGGAAGACCUGGAGAUUACAGCGAUGCGCUCCAGUGAAGGCGAAGUGGUUCAGUUGGUCAACGUCAUUUCUACGGCGGCCGCCAGGGGGCAGGUCGAAAAAUGGCUGCUCAUCCUCGAAAAAGCCAUGAAGAAAAGUAUCUACCAGACGGUUGCUGAUGCAAUGGAGGCAUACCCGUGCACAGAGCGAGACAGAUGGGUGAUGGACUGGCCGGGUCAGACUGUGUUGUGUGUGUCGAGCACAUUUUGGACAUCGGAAGUGCACGCAGCCAUCAGCAGCUCAGCGGGCGGAGCGGGGCUGACUAACUAUCUGCAAGUCUGCAACACACAGAUCGACAAGAUCAUUCUGUUGGUGCGCGGCAAACUGUCCACGCAGAUACGGAUCACACUGGGAGCCCUGGUUGUAAUAGACGUUCACGCAAGAGAUGUUGUGCAAGGACUUAUCGAUAAGAAUGUGAUAGUUGAUGACGAUUUCCAGUGGCUAUGUCAGCUACGUUAUUAUUGGGAGGAAGAAAUAAUGGUAACGAGGAUGAUCAACUCGUCACUGAACUAUGGUUAUGAGUACUUGGGAAAUUCGCCGCGUUUAGUAAUCACUCCCCUCACUGAUCGAUGCUACCGAACCUUAUUUGGUGCCCUCCAUCUUCAUCUUGGCGGUGCACCGGAGGGUCCAGCUGGUACAGGUAAAACAGAAACCACCAAAGAUUUAGCCAAAGCGGUUGCCAAGCAAUGUGUCGUAUUCAACUGUUCUGAUGGCUUGGACUACAUAGCUCUCGGAAAGUUCUUCAAGGGCCUGGCGUCGUGCGGUGCAUGGGCCUGUUUUGACGAGUUCAACCGCAUAGAUCUGGAGGUGUUGUCAGUUGUGGCCCAACAGAUCCUCACCAUACAGCGAGGCAUCAACUCGGGCAAUCCGAAGCUGAUGUUUGAGGGCACCGAACUGACACUGGAUCGCACCUGUGCUGUCUUCAUCACUAUGAACCCGGGAUAUGCGGGCCGCUCUGAACUGCCUGACAAUCUUAAGGCUCUAUUCAGAAGCGUGGCUAUGAUGGUGCCUGACUAUGCGCUGAUUUCGGAGAUAGUUCUGUACUCGUGUGGCUUCAUCAGGGCGCGACCGCUGGCCGUAAAAAUAGUCGCCACCUACAAGCUAUGUUCAGAGCAACUGUCCUCUCAAAAUCAUUACGAUUAUGGUAUGAGGGCUGUGAAGUCAGUACUGACGGCAGCUGGUAAUUUGAAAUUGAAGUAUCCGGAAGAAAGUGAGGACAUUCUGAUGCUGCGAUCAAUAAAGGAUGUCAAUCUUCCCAAGUUCUUGAAUCAUGAUUUGCCUCUCUUCCAUGGCAUAACUUCGGACCUUUUUCCAGGCGUGGUGCUGCCCUCUCCCGACUACACAGUGCUGAACGCAGCCGUGACAGAGGCAUGCGAAGCGGCCAACGUUCAGUGCGAGCCUUUCUUCCUGGAGAAGAUCCAGCAGAUCUACGAGAUGAUGAUUGUGCGCCACGGGUUCAUGAUUGUUGGGCUGCCGUUCGGAGGCAAGACAACCGCCUACCGUAUGCUGGCUGAUGCGCUGGCUAUCAUUGAGGAGAAGGGAGAAAUGGAUGAACAUAAGGUGCAAACGACUAUUAUCAAUCCCAAGUCCAUCACAAUGGGUCAACUGUACGGCCAGUUUGAUCCGGUUUCCCAUGAAUGGUCCGAUGGAAUACUGGCUGUCAGUUAUCGCCAGUUCGCUAUGUCUCAGAAUAACGACAGAAAAUGGCUGAUCUUCGAUGGUCCGGUUGACGCGGUGUGGAUUGAGAACAUGAACACAGUACUGGACGACAACAAAAAGCUUUGCCUGAUGUCUGGUGAAAUAAUACAGCUGGCGCCCACCACAAACCUCAUCUUCGAGACAAUGGACCUCGAUGUCGCUUCUCCUGCCACAGUCUCAAGAUGCGGAAUGAUCUACAUGGAGCCAGCUUCUCUCGGGUGGCACUGCUUGCUCGAGUCUUGGAUCAAUGGUCUCCCCGAAGCAAUACCUCACCAGAAACGACAGAUUAUUAAAAAUCUGUUUAUUAGAUUUUGUCCUCCCAUUUUCUUCUUUCUCCGCAGAUCUACUUUUGCUAGAGAAAUAUUUCCAACGUCUGAUUCAAAUUUGAUUCGAAGUUUGAUGGCUCUUUAUGAUAGCUUUUUGGAUGACUAUCACGAUGAAAAAAUAGUGAAUGCUAUGCCUGAGUUGGAUGUGCGUGCUCAGUUUGAGGGAAUCUUCUUCUUCUCGUGCAUCUGGUCACUAGGAGGCGCCCUGGACAGCAGAAGCAGAGAGCAGUUCAGUGUUCUGUUUAGAGCGUUGAUGGACAAGGAGUUUCCUCAGUCGGUGGCCGCUGACUUUGGCCUGCCAGAGGAGUUCUGCAAGGGUCCUUCCAAGCCCUACAUCUUCACCAUUCCCGAUCAGCUCACUGUUUUCGACUAUCGGUAUACCAGAGAGGGAAAAGGCAAAUGGAAGCCAUGGGCUGACGAGCUGGGUUCUGUGGCUCCUAUACCCAGAGACAUACCAGUGAAUCAGAUCAUAGUGGCGACUGUGGAAACUAUACGCACUAUGGCGCUCCUGUCACUGCUUGUCACUCAUCAGAAGCCUCUCAUGCUGGUUGGGCCCACUGGAACCGGAAAGUCGGCUUACACAACGGAAUAUUUGUUGAAGAAAGUUGACACGGGGACUUACCAGCCAUUGUUCAUAAAUUUCUCUGCACAGACAUCCGCCAAUCAAACGCAGGAUAUCAUCAUGAGCAAACUGGAUAAGAGGAGGAAAGGAAUCUACGGGCCUCCCCUGGGCAAGAAGUGUGUUGUGUUUGUGGAUGACGUGAGUAUGCCUCUGAAAGAGAUCUACGGAGCGCAGCCACCCAUUGAGAUCCUGCGUCAGUGGCUCGAUCACCAGACUUGGUACGACCGCAAGGACGUGGUUCCUAUGAAACUGGUUGACGUACAGAUGGUGUGCGCCAUGGGCCCGCCCAGCAGCGGCAACACGGUGACGCCCCGCUUCAGCCGCCACUUCAACUGUGUCGUCAUCAACGAGUUCCCCGAUGACGUCAUGGUCACCAUCUUCAGCAAGAUUAUGCUCUGGCAUCUGGACACGCGCGGCUUCAGCAAGGAGUUCGACCCGUGCAUCGAUCAGAUGGUGUUUGCCACCCUCUUCAUUUACAAGCAGAGUUUGGCCAAUCUGUUGCCCACACCAUCCAAGUCUCACUACCUGUUUAAUCUCAGGGAUUUCGCUAGGGUCAUACAAGGUGUGCUGCUGUCAGUGCCGGAAGCAAUGGAGGAUCUGAUGUCGAUGAAGCGACUGUGGGUGCACGAGAUACUGCGCGUCUACUAUGAUAGGCUGGUUGAUGACGAGGACAGAAAAUGGCUGAUCACCAUGCUGCACCGUGUCUGCCACGAGUACCUCGACGAAGACAUCAAUAGAAUGUUCGAGCAUCUCGUACAGGAGAAGGAGAAUCCUGAGGGAUUGGUUGGAGAAACGGAACUUCGUCGCUUGAUCUACUGUGACUUCGCCAAUCCAAAAGCAGACACUCGGAAUUAUAUUGAAGUAACUGAUCAUCAGAACCUGACCAACAUUGUUGAAGGCUACUUGAACGAGUACAACAACAUGAGCAAGAAACCAAUGAAUCUGGUUCUAUUCAGAUUUGCAAUAGAGCAUCUUUCUCGCAUCUGUCGUAUACUGAAGCAACCGCGAAGUCACGCCCUAUUGGUGGGGGUGGGGGGAUCAGGGCGACAGUCUCUCACCCGAUUGGCUGCUCAUAUUUCGGAGUACGACCUUUUUCAGGUUGAAAUAAGCAAACAAUAUGGAAUGUAUGAGUGGCACGAAGAUAUCAAAGGAAUUCUAAGAAAGGCUAGUGCCAGUGAUCUGAAUGUUGUGUUUCUGUUUACUGAUUCUCAGCGUCAACAUCAUUUUCCUGAUGGUCAAACCGACGGUAGUCCUGUUGCGCUUUUCAAUUUUUUCCUGCAAAUAGUGAGAGAGCAGAUGCACGUGGUCCUCGCUUUCAGUCCGAUCGGCGAUGGCUUCCGAAAUCGCAUUCGAAAGUUCCCUGCUUUGGUCAACUGUUGCACUAUAGAUUGGUUCCAGCCUUGGCCGUCCGAUGCUCUUCUGGCAGUUUCAAAGAAGUUUUUGGCAGACGUUGAGUUGACGGAGCAGGAGCGAACAGCAAGCAUAGACAUGUGCCAGGAGUUCCACUCCUCCACGAUACGGCUGGCCGAUGAGUUCUACACUCGACUGCAGCGCAAGGUCUACAUCACACCCACCUCGUAUUUAGAGCUCAUCAACACCUUCAAGGACCUGCUUAACAAACAGAGAAUGGAUGUGAUGAACGGCAAGAAGCGCUAUGAAGUGGGGUUGGAUAAGCUGAACAAGGCUGCUUCGGAGGUGUCAGUGAUGCAGGACGAUCUGCAGAAAUUGCAGCCGGCUCUGCAAGUGGCCGCACAAAAUGUCAAGGACAUCCUUGUCAAAGUUGAAGAGGAGUCUGCUGAUGUGGCAAAAGUGGAAGAAAUAGUGAAAGCAGACGAGGAGGUGGCCAACGAACAAGCCCAGGCUGCACAGGCGAUCAAGGACGAUUGUGACGCGAACUUGGCAGAAGCGCUGCCCAUACUUGAGGCAGCCGAACGCGCCUUAAACACGUUGACUCCCAGCGACAUAGCCAUGGUGAAAGCCAUGAAAAAUCCUCCCAAAGGGGUCAAACUGGUCAUGGAAGCUGUGUGCACGUUGAAGGAUAUCAAACCAGAUCGCAUUCCCGAUCCUCAAGGCAGCGGAAAAAUGAUUGAAGACUACUGGGGUCCAUCUAAAAGGAUUCUUGGUGAUAUUCAAUUCCUCAACAGCUUGAAAUUCUUCGAUAAAGACAAUAUACCUCCAAAAAUUAUGAAGAUACUUCAAGAGAAGUACCUCAACAAUGAAGAGUUUGAUCCUGAAAAAAUCAAAACAGCUUCAAAUGCUGCCGAAGGUCUGUGCAAGUGGAUAAUAGCGAUCUCGAAGUACGACGCGGUGGCGCGGGUGGUGGCUCCGAAGAAGGUGGCCCUGGCGGCGGCCGAGGCACAGUAUGCCGAAUGCAUGGCGCAACUUGAAGUGAAGCGUGCCCAACUUCGCGAAGUCCAGGCCAAGCUCGCAAAGUUGCAAGAGACGCUCGACCAGAACAACAAACGCUUUCAGGAUCUACAAGAUGACGUUGACCUGUGCACGAAGAAACUGCAGAGAGCGGAAGAGUUGAUCAGUGGACUGGGGGGUGAGAGAACACGAUGGAGUGCCACUGCUAAACAGCUCGGAGAGAGAUAUGGGCUGCUAACCGGUGAUAUCCUGAUUGCAUCAGGAGUCGUGUCGUACUUGGGUCCGUUUACGAUGCAGUUCAGACACGAGCAGACCAGCAAGUGGUUGGAACAGCUGAGUGGUUACAACAUUUUCUGCUCCAAAGACUUCCAGCUGUCACAGAUACUCGGCCAGCCUGUCGAGAUUCGAGCCUGGAACAUUUUCGGCUUGCCAACGGACUCGUUUUCUGUUGACAAUGGUAUUAUUGUCAAGAACGCUCGAAGAUAUCCUCUGAUGAUAGAUCCACAAGGCCAAGCAAACAAAUGGGUAAAAAAUAUGGAGAAAGCCAACAGUUUGCAUGUUAUUCGAAUGACCAAUGCCGACUAUGUUCGCACGCUUGAAACUUCUAUUCAGUUUGGCUUACCGGUACUUUUGGAGAAUGUUGGCGAAGAAUUGGACGCCCUCUUGGAGCCUCUACUCAUGAAACAAACUUUCAAAACAGGAGGUGCAAUUUGUGUCAAACUUGGGGAUGCAGUUGUUGAGUUUAAUCCAAAAUUCAGGUUUUAUAUAACAACGAAGUUGAGGAAUCCCCACUACCUACCAGAGAUAGCAGUUAAAGUAACGCUCUUGAACUUCAUGAUAACUCCAGUCGGGUUGGAGGACCAACUAUUGGGCAUAGUCGUUGCUAAGGACAGACCUGAUUUGGAGGCCGAGAAAAAUAAUUUGAUUGUUCAAGGUGCUGAAAAUAAGAGGAUGUUGAAAGAGAUCGAAGAUAAAAUUCUGGAGAUCCUGUCAACGUCAGAGGGGAAUAUAUUGGAGGACGAGGAGGGUGUCAAUGUGUUGAGCUCUUCUAAAAUCCUGGCCAAUGAGAUCAACGAGAAGCAGGCAGCUGCUGAAAUCACCGAGAAGUCGAUUGAUGUUAUCAGACACGCCUAUGUGCCAAUUGCAGUGCAUUCUACCAUCUUGUUCUUCAGCAUAACUAACUUGGCAAAUAUUGAUCCGAUGUACCAAUAUUCACUGGUGUGGUUUGUGAAUCUAUUUAAGGCUGCUAUUGAAAAUACAGAGAAGCAUGACAAAAUCCCGGAAAGAGUGAAAAUCCUGGCAGAUUACUUCACGUACUCUCUCUUUAUCAAUAUCUGCCGCAGUCUAUUUGAAAAGGACAAACUGCUGUUUGCACUGUUGCUGUCUGUAAACCUGCAGUCGCACGAGGGUGCCAUCGACCACGAGGAGUGGAUGUUCCUGCUGACGGGAGGGGUGGGUCUGGACAACCCCCAUCCCAACCCUACAACCUGGCUGCCCUCCUCAUCUUGGGACGAACUGUGUCGGCUCGACCAUUUGCCUAACUUUACGGGUAUUAAGGAACACUUUAUCAGCAACAUAUCGGCGUGGAAAGAGAUAUUUGACUCAGUAGAGCCCCACAAAGCUGUCUACCCAUCGCCCUGGAAUGACAAACUCUCCUUGUUUCAAAAAGCUGCCCUGCUACGUUGCAUUCGCAAUGACAAGAUCAUACCGGGCAUUCAGAUGUAUGUUGAAGAUCAAAUCGGAAAGCGGUUCAUCGAGCCACCUCCUUUCAACCUUGCUGCUUCGUUUGCCGAUUCCCAGUCGACGGUGCCCCUCAUUUUCAUUCUCACUCCAGGUGCAGAUCCCACGGCUUUGCUUCUGAAAUUCGCUGAUGACCAGGGUUUUGGAGGGUCACGGAUCAACGCUCUGUCUCUGGGUCAGGGCCAGGGUCCCAUAGCUGUCAGACUGAUCGAUGAGGCCACUAAGAAUGGAUCCUGGGUUGUGCUUCAAAAUUGUCAUUUGGCUAAAAGUUGGAUGCCAGCUUUGGAAAGUAUUUGUGAGAGCUUUUCAGCUGACGAGUUACACCCUGACUUCAGAUUGUGGCUAACCUCUUAUCCUGCGGAACAUUUUCCGGUUUUUGUUCUACAAAACGGUGUCAAAAUGACUAACGAGCCACCCAAAGGCCUGAAAGCUAACAUUCAAAGAUCCCUGAUGAGCGACCCCAUUUCAGAGCCAGAGUUCUACAGUGGAUGCAAUCAGGGCGACAACUUUAAGAAGUUGUUGUUUGGUCUGUGCUUCUUCCAUGCCUUGAUCCAGGAGCGACGGAAGUUCGGGCCGCUCGGUUGGAACAUUCCCUACGAGUUCAACGAAACCGAUCUGAGGAUCAGUGUUCAGCAGCUGCAGAUGUUCCUCAAUCAGUAUGAGCCGCAUAAUGGACCAGAGGAUGUUCAAUACGAAGCUCUCCGCUACCUGACUGGUGAGUGCAACUACGGAGGCAGAGUGACAGAUGACUGGGACAGGCGAACACUCACAACUAUCCUCAAAAAGUUCUACUGCCCUGAAAUUCUGGGAUCGGAACGGUUCUACUUUGACGCUUCAGAGAAAUAUUGUGUUCCUGAGAAUUUGGAGCACGAGGCUUUCUUGAGCUAUGUACAGAGUCUGCCACUAAUCACGCACCCUGGUGUUUUCGGCAUGAAUGAAAACGCAGACAUAAUGAAAGAUCAGCACGAGGCAUCUCUUCUGCUGACCAGCACACUUAUAACUCAGGAUCGCACGGAUAUGUGGCAGAAGAAACAACUAGAGGAUGCAGCUUCGUCGGGAGGAACAGCCCACGAUUUGGACAAAGUUGUCUACCAUAUAGCGGUAGACAUUUUGCGAAAACUGCCGGAAAACUUCGACACUGUGACCGCUCUGGAAAAAUACCCGACUCAAUACGAACAGUCGAUGAAUACGGUGUUGGUGCAGGAGAUGGGCCGAUUUAAUGACUUGCUUACCACUGUUCGCAAGAGUCUUAUCACUCUUCAAAAAGCAAUAAAAGGUCUGGUUGUGAUGUCUUUCGACCUGGAAGAGGUUUUCAAGAGCAUGGCGACCGGUCGUAUUCCAAUAAUGUGGGCGAAAAAGUCGUAUCCCUCUCUGAAGCCGCUUGGCAGCUACGUGCAUGACUUCCUUUCUAGACUUGAAUUCCUACAGAAAUGGUAUGACGAUGGACCGCCUCCAAUCUUUUGGCUGUCUGGAUUCUAUUUCACGCAAGCGUUUCUGACUGGAGCUCAGCAAAACUUCGCUAGAAAGUACAAAAUUCCAAUUGAUUUGCUGUCAUUCGACUUCAUGAUACUUCCUGACUCUACUACAAGCCUGGAUGAACCACCAGAGGAUGGUGUCUAUGUGAAUGGUCUGUUCUUGGAUGGAGCCCGCUGGAAUCACGAAACACAGUUGCUUGAUGAGUCCUUUCCCAGGGUUCUAUACGAUAACAUGCCAAUAAUAUGGUUGAAACCGAUGCGGAAAGAGGAGCUGGAGCAGGGCUUGCGCUACCUGUGCCCCGUCUACAAGACAUCGGAGAGACGAGGCGUGUUGUCCACCACGGGUCACUCCACCAACUUUGUCAUAGCCAUGCUCAUGCCAUCCGAUAAGCCUCAAGAGCACUGGGUGAUGCGGGGUCUCGCUCUAUUGUGUCAGCUGUCGCAUUGAUGAACCUUAUAUUACCACCGCCCAUGUCAAGAUAAUAUUCGGUUACGAUUCAGACUGUGAGUGUGAUGAAUUUGAUCGUGCCAUGAAAUAUUUUGAGUGAAAGACAGUAAUGCGGUAAACUGGUAAACUGUAUCCUGCUGUGAUAAUUUGUCUGCUGUUUCCUCUGGAAUUAUAUUUCAUAAUAAUGUGCAGAACUAUCUUGUGAACCUGUGAUAUAGGUUUAUUGUCUUUCUCAAAACUAAAUUAUAUCUGAGUUAUUUUCAUCUAGUAA